AUUUUCUGUUAGAAAUUCUUUUUGUACAUUUGUCUUAAGAUUGUUUGCUGCAAUCAAGGCCGAGUUACAUCACUGGGGUCAAUGCAAACGUCACCGGGUCAAUCGCUCUAUUUUCACUUCCUCGAUCCAAUCUCUCGCAAUCUGCAGCAGCAUGCAGACUGUUAAGAACUCUCUGCUCCUUUUAUCGUUAUUCAACUUGUCUUGCUUGGCUCAGAAAUGCCCAUCAAAUUGCACCUGUCCAGAGCAUCCCGAGGACCUCUUCCUAUUGGUCUGUCCGGGACUAAACGGACUCAUUCUUCCCAACCACACCCUGCAGCUCGACUGUCUGCCAGACUUUGACCCUCAACGGGUACCUUCUCUUCUUCCGUCAGCGCCAGAAGUGUCCCUAACCAACUGUCCGCCUGACGUUUUUGUCUCAUCCAACACCAAGAGUCUUUUCAUCCGCAACAUCUCCUUGCCUGUUUCAAGGGUCAGACUUGGAGAAUGGACAAACUUGGAAAAGUUAGACAUUUCCAACAACCAUCUUGAAAUUUUGCCAUCUAGGCUCCUCAAUGGGCUGAACGGUCUGCGACAACUGGACCUUUCAAGGUGCCAUCUGUAUUUUAUCUACCCUUCCUGCUUCAAAGACUUUGCUCUGUUAAAGGAACUUUACCUGGAGGAUAACAGUCUGACUGAAAUUGAGGAAAACCAGUUCCAAGAACUUUCCGCCCUAUGGCUACUUCACCUUUGGGGCAACCGUAUUUCCAAACUCACCAACGCUUCUUUUUUCGGUUUGGGAGAGCUACGCCACCUCGACUUGUCCCACAACCGUAUUCAUGCCAUCUCCUCAGACGUGUUGGCUCCUCUGAUCAAACUGAAGCACCUGGAUCUGUCCAACAACCGUUUCCAAGUGCUCCCUGGUGACCUUUUGCGGUACAACAUUCAUUUAGAGGUCUUCAAAUUUGAAAGUAACUUCAAAGGAUCUCUCUUCAAUCCAGACGCAGAGUGGCUUCAGUCCAUCGAGCUUCCUCAGGGACUGUUGUCAGAUCUUCGAAAACUCAAAAGGGUGUCAUUUGCAGACUCUGCUGUGGCUUUCGUCCCGCGAUUUCUGCUCCGAGGAUCGGAAAGCUUGACCCACUUAGACCUGAGGGGCAACAGACUAUCUACCAUUCCUAAGUUUUUCCUCCAAGACGUCCAAAACCUGAAAUGGCUUGACCUUAGUCACAACAAUUUGGAAAACUUGACGGACGACUUUCUGUCCAGAACAUCCUCAUCUUUGGAGUAUCUUAACCUUAGCAGCAACAGUUUAGCAACAAUGCCCAAAGGUUCAUUUUAUGAGUUUGUUUACCAUUUGGACGUCCGGCACAACCAGCUAGACAGAAUACCGUCAGAAAUAGUUGAGCAGUUACGAAAAAAUUUGAAUUUAAGGGAGUUUUACUUUGUGACAAAUAACUUAUGGAACUGUGAAUUCAUUAAUACGAAAGAGCUCUUUCGAAUUAUUACCCAGAUUGUAGAGAAGGGUGUCGCGUCUGAUUACAAAAAUAGAUGUCCAGAGUAAAACUGCGCAGUGCAAGCUGCCAUUAUGGAAAAUUUUUAAGAGCCGUGACUGACAGUCUGUGAGAUGCAGUUUAAAUUAAUUUAAAAACUUUCAAAGUGAAAAAGAACAAAAUUUUUUAAGAACUAUUAUAGAAAUUUUAUUUUGAUUAAAAAAUUUUAUGCAAUCUCUUUUAAGAACAAAAAGUCAACACAUUAUUAUAUAAAAUAAUAAAAAAUAUAUAAUUGAAAUAUUUUUCCUUACAUUUUAUUGCUUUCUCAAUUUUUUUCCAAAAAGCCUCUUAAGAAAGUGUAUGUGAUUCUUCUCUACAAUUGCUGUAGUUUCAUUUAUAACUUUUUGAUUAUUUGUAUUAUGUAUCUUGAUUUGGGUAGACACUGCCUUAAUUGUGGUGCACAAAUCAACUUCAUUUGCAACUAUUAAUUGAUUCCUUUUGACAUUAAGAAAUAGGUUUGAGAUUGCAAUUCAAUUCUCAAUUGAAAAUAGUAAUGUAUCUAUUCAAUAUUUUUUCUCUUUAUUGGAUGUACAUAAACCAUGCAGGUGCAAUUGUAAUAUCAAAAUUCAAGUUUAAUACAAAAUUAUCACUUUUGCUUGUAGCUUGUUUUGUGACCAUUAGCCCAAAAGCCACCUGCGCGUUCGUUUCUCUUUCUUGCUUUGAGUUUUUUGCUAACCUCAGCGCUUCUGACGCUGACUAAAUUCAUCAUGUGGUGGUUCAUCAGUUUGGCCUCCACGUUAAUUGCUUUCUCUCUUUUCGCAAGAGUGCCCGAUUUUAAAUUGUUUCCGGGAAAAUUUUGCGUCUCGCUUCGCCUCACUGUGACAGGUGUUUUCUGUUUGUCUUUGUUUUGGAGUUUUUGCUGGUGAUUGAAAAACAAGUUUUGCGGAUUUGGUUUUUCCGCCUCAAGACUUGGGUCAUCUUUGGUUUCACUGAAUGUCGCUUUUUUCCACUUUUCUAAGGCGGCCGUAUUUGCAGUCCUUUUAUUAACGUCUAAAUAUGUCUUCAAAGUCUCAGCAAUUUCGUCAUCCUUCCCUUUCUUUUGCAACUCUCCAAUUCUUGACAACAGCCACAUUUCCAAGUGCUGUUUGCCGUGACCCUGGAUGUCUAGUUUAUUUUUCAGCGAUCGCAAAACUUCUUUCAAGAGUGCAUCCUUGGUCGCCGCUGUUGUGUCUUCUAGCUGAUUCAACGAAUUUUUCUCUUCUGCCAAUGAGCAGUGGCUUUGCUUUACAAGCCAGAGGCCCGUUACUAAAAUACUAGAAAAUUGUUAAAAUGAAUGUUAAAGAAAAAAAUUUAAAAAAUGAUCUCACCACAGCAGCCGCAUUAACCUUAGCGAUUUGGCUUUCAAAUAAUAAGUUUCGCAAGUUCAGCACUUCAUUAUAUACAACACAAAACUGUAUCUCGCUGAAAGGCAGUUGGCACAGAGUACAGAGUUUGCUUGAUUCAACACGGAUUGUUUAGGAAUUUCCAGCUGCUUAUUUUUGAUUAUUUAUUACUGAUAAUAAAAAAAAGAUUGAAGAUAUGCUAGAAUCACAAAUGAUCCCAAAUUAUUUAAAGUUUAGAAAGAAAAAACAUUAUUUAUAACAU